GUGUGUCCUGGUUCGUUUCCACACUGCUGUGGCUGCCGAGCAGUGUGGACUUUGUUUAGGGGGUACACGGUAACUUUUUUCUUCGAAUAUUUAAAGAGACUGUUAAACAUCGAUUGGAUUGAUCUGAUUUCGACCGUCGGAGAUAGCCUCUUCUCUUCACUCGUUCUCAAGAACGUUUAGCUGCGUUUUAGGCAUUACUCAGCAUCCGCACAGGACAUUCACCUACCGGCGUGUUCUUCACGUGGGUCCCCUGCCUACAGCUAAUCUUUCAGAGCUGGUUCAUUGAAAGAGGAAGUAACUCGGUGGCUGGCAUUAGAAAGGCUUUCGUGAUUUACAGAUUCUUCUGAGUGGUUACAUAACGUUACAGUAUAAAAGCAUUCAGCUAUGUCGGAGAAAAUGGCAUCCUUGAUUUUAGAGGACGGGACCACGUUCCAAGGCCGCCUUUUUGGGGCUGUUGCAUCCGUGUCUGGUGAAGUUGUUUUUCAGACCGGCAUGGUGGGUUAUCCAGAGGCACUCACAGACCCCUCCUACAAGUCUCAGAUCCUGACCCUUACCUACCCCCUCAUUGGGAAUUAUGGGAUCCCCAAAGAUGAGGAGGGAGAGUUUGGACUCAGCAAGUGGUUCGAGUCUUCCAGAAUCCAUGCUGCUGCGCUCAUUGUUGGUGAGCUGUCCCAGAACCCGAGCCACUGGAGCUCUGCCAUGUCUCUGGACCAGUGGCUACAGGAGCAGGGCAUUCCUGGGCUACAGGGAGUGGACACUCGCCGCCUGACCAAGAAGAUCCGUGAGAAGGGCACCAUGCUGGGGAAACUGGUGGUGGAUGGCACCCAGGCCAAGAGUAUUCCCUUUGACAACCCUGACACCAGAAACCUGGUUAAAGAGGUCUCCAUGAAGGAGCCGAAGGUGUUCAACCCUGAGGGCAGUGUCAGCAUUGUGGCACUGGACUGCGGUAUCAAGUACAACCAGAUCCGCUGCCUGUGCCAGAGAGGUGCCCGGGUCACUGUAGUCCCCUGGGACCAUCCACUGGUCGGCAAAGAUUUUGACGGCCUGUUUAUCAGCAACGGCCCAGGAAACCCAGAGUUCUGCAAGGAGACCGUCGAGAACCUGAGAAAGGUGGUGUGCGUGGAGAACCCAAAGCCCCUUUUUGGCAUCUGCCUCGGCCACCAGCUCCUCUCUCUGGUCAUUGGAGCCAAGACCUACAAAAUGAAGUAUGGAAACCGUGGCCACAACCAGCCCUGCAUCCACAAAGGCACCGGACGUUGCUACAUCACCUCUCAGAAUCACGGCUUCGCUGUGGACCCCGAGACCCUGCCCGCAGGCUGGGACGUACUCUUUACCAAUGCCAACGACCAGAGCAGCGAGGGCAUCGUCCACAACAGCAAACCAAUCUUCAGUGUACAGUUCCACCCUGAACAUAUGGCUGGCCCCACUGACCUGGUCAGUCUCUUUGACGUGUUUCUGGACACUGUCAAGGAUCUGAAGGAGGGCAAGAGCGGUAAACCAGUGAAGGAGAGAUUGACGGAGCACCUGGCCUUCCCAGGCUCUCCUGACCCUGACGCGUUUGUCCAUCCCCACAAGGUGCUCAUCCUGGGGUCUGGAGGGCUGUCCAUUGGCCAAGCUGGCGAGUUUGACUACUCCGGGUCUCAGGCCAUCAAAGCUCUGAAGGAGGAGAAUGUGCAGACGGUGCUCAUCAACCCCAACAUCGCCACCGUGCAGACCUCCAAGGGGCUGGCAGACAAGGUCUACUUCCUGCCCAUCACCCUAGAGUAUGUUACACAGGUGAUUAAAAACGAGCGACCCGACGGUGUUCUGCUCACCUUCGGUGGCCAGACGGCGCUGAACUGCGGCGUGGAGUUGACCAAACGCGGGGUGCUGGAGAAGUACCAGGUGCGCGUGCUGGGGACCCCCGUCUCCUCCAUCGAGAUGACGGAGGACCGCAAGAUCUUUGUGGAGAAGAUGGAGGAGAUCAACGAGCACGUGGCUCCCAGCGAGGCGGCGCUCUCCGUGGAACAGGCGGUAGCGGCAGCGGAGAGGCUCGGCUAUCCUGUGCUGGUGCGCUCUGCCUUUGCCCUGGGAGGCCUGGGCUCAGGCUUCGCCAACAACCGCGAUCAGCUCAUCACGCUGGUCACCCAGGCCUUUGCCCACACCUCCCAGGUCCUGGUGGACAAGUCCCUCAAGGGCUGGAAGGAGAUUGAGUACGAGGUGGUCAGGGACGCCUACGACAACUGUAUUACGGUGUGUAAUAUGGAAAACAUUGACCCACUGGGCAUUCACACGGGAGAGUCCAUCGUAGUGGCUCCCAGCCAGACGCUAAACGACUACGAGUACAACAUGCUGCGGAACACUGCCAUCAAGGUCAUCCGCCACCUGGGCAUCGUGGGAGAGUGUAACAUCCAGUACGCUCUCAACCCAGAGUCCGAGCAGUAUUACAUCAUUGAGGUGAAUGCCCGUCUGUCCCGGAGUUCAGCGCUGGCCAGUAAGGCCACAGGUUAUCCUCUGGCCUACGUCGCGGCCAAACUAGGCCUGGGGAUCCCCCUUUCAGCCCUCAAGAACUCAGUGACUAACUCCACCACGGCCAACUUUGAGCCCAGUCUGGACUACUGUGUGGUCAAGGUCCCACGGUGGGAUCUGAGCAAGUUCCUGCGCGUCAGCACCACAAUCGGCAGCUCCAUGAAGAGUGUGGGUGAGGUGAUGGCUAUUGGUCGAAGCUUUGAGGAGGCCUUCCAGAAAGCAUUGAGAAUGGUGGAUGAGAACUGUGUGGGAUUUGACCACACCAUCAAACCAGUUUCUGAGCAGGAGCUCCAGACGCCCACAGACAAGCGCAUCUUCGUCCUGGCGUCAGCACUUCGGGCCGGCUACACGGUGGACCGCCUGUAUGAGCUGACCAAGAUCGACCGUUGGUUCCUGCACAAGAUGAAGAACAUAACCGACCACGAGCACCUGCUGGAGUCCUACAACCAGGACGAGAGCACCAUGCCUCCCGAGGUGAUGAGGAAGGCCAAGCAGCUGGGCUUCUCCGACAAGCAGAUCGCCAUGGCUGUGCAGAGCACCGAGCUGGCAGUGCGUAAGCUGCGGCGCGACUGGGCCAUCCUGCCCGUGGUCAAGCAGAUCGACACUGUGGCGGCAGAGUGGCCGGCCCACACCAACUACCUCUACCUGACCUACCACGGCACGGAGAGUGACCUGGCCUUCGAGCAGCCGCACGUCAUGGUGCUGGGCUCCGGCGUCUACCGCAUCGGCAGCAGCGUGGAGUUCGACUGGUGCGCCGUGGGCUGCAUCAUGGAGCUGCGGAAGAUGGGCUACAAAACCAUUAUGGUGAACUACAACCCCGAGACUGUCAGCACGGACUACGACAUGUGCGACCGACUCUACUUCGAUGAGAUCUCCUUUGAGGUGGUGAUGGACAUCUACGAGAUGGAGAACCCGGAGGGCAUCAUCCUGUGUAUGGGGGGCCAGCUGCCCAACAACAUCGCCAUGCCACUACACCGGCAGCAGUGCCGCAUCCUUGGUACCUCGCCCGAGUUCAUCGACUCGGCCGAGAACCGCUUCAAGUUCUCCCGCAUGCUGGACACCAUCGGCAUCAGCCAGCCCCGUUGGAAAGAGCUGUCCGACAACGAGUCUGCCAUGCACUUCUGUGAGACGGUGGGCUACCCAUGUCUGGUGAGGCCUUCCGUUGACCUGGAGAAGUACCUGAGCAGCGCUGUGGCCGUGUCCAAGGAGCACCCUGUGGUCAUCUCCAAAUUCAUCCAGGAGGCUAAGGAGAUCGACGUGGACGCAGUGGCAUGUGACGGACUGGUCAUCGCCAUCGCCGUGUCAGAGCAUGUGGAGAACGCCGGUGUACAUUCGGGGGACGCCACACUGGUGACUCCGGCGCAGGACAUCAACCAGAAGACCAUGGAGCGCAUCAAGAUGAUCGUCCACGCCAUCGGUCAGGAGCUGCAGGUCACCGGCCCCUUCAACCUGCAGCUCAUCGCUAAGGAUGACCAGCUGAAAGUGAUCGAGUGCAACGUGCGAGUCUCUCGCUCCUUCCCCUUCGUCUCCAAGACGCUGGGUGUUGACAUGGUUGCCUUGGCAACGCAGCUGAUCAUGGGAGAGGAGGUGGAGACUGUGGGAUUGAUGAGGGGAACCGGCAUUGUGGGCGUCAAGGUGCCCCAGUUCUCCUUCUCCCGGCUGGCCGGGGCAGACGUCGUGCUUGGGGUGGAGAUGACCAGCACUGGGGAGGUGGCCUGCUUCGGGGAGAACCGCUACGAGGCCUACAUCAAGGCCAUGCUCAGUACCGGCUUCAAAAUCCCCAAGAAGAACAUCCUCCUCUCCAUCGGCAGCUACAAGAAUAAGAGUGAGCUGCUACCUACGGUACAGACACUGGAGAGUCUGGGCUAUAACCUCUACGCCAGCCUGGGCACAGCCGACUUCUACACAGAGCACGGAGUCAAGGUGAUGGCGGUGGACUGGCCAUUCGAGGAGGAGGAGUCGGACUGCCCCAACAAGGACAAGCAGAGGAACAUCAUGGACUAUCUGGAGGAGAACCACUUCGACCUGGUGAUCAACCUGUCCAUGAGGAACUCCGGCGGCCGACGCCUGUCCUCCUUCGUCACCAAGGGUUACCGCACGCGCCGUAUGGCGGUGGACUACUCCGUGCCCCUCAUCAUUGACAUCAAGUGCACCAAGAUGUUCGUACAGGCACUUCGUCAGAUUGGUCAAGCCCCAGCUGUUAAGACCCACGUGGACUGCAUGACGUCACAGAGGCUCGUACGUCUUCCAGGUCUCAUCGAUGUCCAUGUCCACCUGCGUGAGCCUGGAGCCACUCACAAAGAGGACUUCUCCUCGGGCACAGCCGCUGCCCUGGCUGGCGGCGUCACCAUGGUGUGUGCCAUGCCCAACACCAAUCCCGCCAUCAUCGACCAGAACUCGCUCGCCAUGGCACAGAAGCUUGCAAAGGCUGGGUGUCGCUGUGACUAUGCCCUUUACCUGGGAGCAGCCUUCGACAAUGCUGCCAUCCUGCCCUCCAUUGCAAGUUCAGCAGCGGGCCUGAAGAUGUACCUGAACGACACCUACUCCACGCUGAAGAUGGACAACGUCUCCCUGUGGAUGGAGCACUUUGAGAAGUGGCCGAAGCACUUGCCCAUUGUAGCGCAUGCUGAAAAACAGACGGUGGCGGCCAUUCUGAUGGUGGCCCAGCUGUACCAGAGAGCUGUGCACAUCUGCCACGUAGCUAAGAGAGAGGAGAUCCUAAUCAUCCGUGCAGCCAAGCAGAAGGGCAUCCAGGUGACGUGCGAGGUGGCGCCACACCACCUUUUCCUGUGCGAAGACAACGUGCCGGUGAUCGGGCUGGGCAGGGCGCAGGUGCGGCCCAUGCUGGGCUGCAGGGAGGACAUGGAGACCCUCUGGGAGAACUUGGACAUCAUCGACUGCUUCGCCACCGACCAUGCCCCUCACUCAGUGGAUGAGAAGAACCUGGAGAAGGCCCCUCCGGGCUACCCAGGGCUGGAGACCAUGCUGCCCCUGCUGCUCACCGCCGUCAGCGAGGGACGCCUCACGCUGGACGACAUCAUCCUGAGGCUAUACGAGAACCCCCGACGCAUCUUUAACCUGCCCACACAGGAGAACACCUACGUUGAGGUGGAUCUGGAGCAGGAGUGGGUCAUCCCUAAGCACAUGCAGUUCACCAAGUCCAAGUGGACGCCCUUUGAGGGCAUGAAGGUCAAAGGUCGAGUGAGGAGAGUGGUGCUGAGAGGAGAGGUGGCCUACAUUGAUGGACAGGUCCUAGUGCCCCCAGGCUAUGGAGAGGAUGUGAGGACCUGGUCACCUGCCUUACCAACCCCUGUCCUGAAAGAAACCGCGAAGGAACCUCCAAAGACCCCAGAGUGUGCCCGCCUGUCCACCCCCAGCGAGGCCCUCCGUGGGAGACCCCCUAGCCCACGCCGCGGUGUCACAGGGGACGGCCGGUUCAUCCAGCCCCCCCGCAUCCACCGCGCCUCUGACCCCGGCCUCCUCCCAGACCUUAGUCACCCAUCCUCCUCUUGCCUGAACUUAAGUGUUUUUUGUUCUGCCAUUCUCCGUCCACAGACGUGGCAGCCUCCGCAGACCCAUACCCCCCACCCUCCCCCUCUGUCCAGGAUCCUCUCCCCCCUGGCAGGUCAGACCCCAGCCGUGGCCCACCUGCAGACUUCCCCCCUGCUGCACCCGCUGGUGGGACAGCACGUCCUGGCUGUGCGCCAGUUCAGCAAGGAGCAGAUGUCUCACUUGUUUAAUGUGGCUCACACACUUCGCCUGCUGGUGCAGAAGGAGAGGAGUCUGGAUAUUCUGAAGGGUAAAGUGAUGGCCUCCAUGUUCUACGAAGUGAGCACACGCACCAGCAGCUCGUUCGCGGCGGCCAUGCAGCGGCUGGGCGGCUCGGUGGUCCACUUCAGCGAGGCUACCUCCUCCACGCAGAAGGGCGAGUCGCUGGCCGACUCCGUCCAGACCAUGAGCUGCUACGCUGACGUCAUCGUGCUGCGCCACCCCACUCCUGGAGCCGUGGAGACUGCAGCGAAGUUCUGCCGAAAGCCGGUGAUCAACGCUGGCGAUGGCGUCGGGGAGCACCCCCAGGCCCUGCUGGACGUCUUCACCAUCCGAGAGGAGCUGGGCACCGUCAACGGCAUGACCAUCACCAUGGUGGGUGACCUGAAGCACGGGCGGACGGUGCACUCUCUGGCCCGACUGCUGACCCAGUACAGAAUCACGCUUCGCUACGUGGCGCCCAAGAACCUCCACAUGCCAGAGGAGAUUGUGAGCUUUGUGGCCUCCAAAGGCAUUAAGCAGGAGUACUUUGACAGCAUUGAAGAGGCUCUGCCUGAAACUGACGUCCUGUACAUGACCAGAAUCCAGAAGGAGCGCUUUGCCACGGAGGAGGAGUACAAGGCUUGCUUUGGCCAGUUCAUCCUGACACCCCAUAUCAUGACUGGAGCCAAGAGGAAGAUGGUGGUCAUGCACCCAUUGCCCAGAGUCAAUGAGAUCAGCCCUGAGGUGGACUCGGACCCCAGAGCUGCCUACUUCCGCCAGGCUGAAAACGGCAUGUACAUCCGCAUGGCUCUGCUGUCAACUGUAGUGGGAAGAUGAACUCACACACACAGCAACAUGAAUGCAUUCAUGCAUUCGAUUAUAUGUACAACACACCCUCUCCUGUAUGAAUAUUCAACUGCCCCUCUUAAGGCACCAAAUCUUUUCUACAGUAGUAUGUAAACUGUCACAAGGGAACACUCAUGAGGGAAGUUGUAGUAAAGGAAAUGGUAUUCUGCUCCAUCAGCACUGACUAGGGUUUUUAACUUUUGAGGUCUGUAGAUAGGUCAUUCCUGCUGUUGAUCCUUUUAUAAUGGCUGUGAUGGACUGUUUUGUUCAAAUGAACUGCUUAUUGUAUUUGUUGAAUCCAACAAACCUCUUGAGGCAUUUUCUCUCAACACUGCAUGUCUGUUAGGGAAGGAGAUCUUAGAAUCUUGUCUACAAAAUUACCCAUGUUUUUUCCUGUAAUGGUCUUUUUUGUGGUUAAAAGGGACCUUGCAUAUUUUAUUUGUGCAGUAUUAAACUGAAAACUUUGCAAGACUUUUUGGUACUGUCCUGGGAAGAAUUAUGUAUUUUUAGGUAAAUAAAAAAACACUUCACUGGG